CUGCUGCCUGAAACCUCCCUCUCCGGUUUACCAGGCUGCAAGACCAGAGACAAACCGAAAGAAGAUGCAUAUGAAUUUCCAGCUCUAUUUAUCUCCUAAAGCAUCUCCGCGCCGACGUCACUUCCCGUCCGGCGGCCGGCGCCAAAACCUCCGAGCAAUGCCAAUAAAUAAGUCCGAGCGGGCCGAACGUUCUUAUCGUCACCGGGUGUGACCAUAUCCGCCCAUCUCGAUAAGAAAUUGCGAACUACCCCGGAAUCCACCCGCAGGGGGGAAGGGAAGUGCGGCCAUCUCGAGUUCCGAUCGAUCAGCGAAAUAGAGAGGUGAAGUAUAAAAAAAAAAGGACAGGGACGAAGAAGGGGAAGAAGAAGAAAGGGGCAAAAUACGCGAUGCCGGUGUUCAAGACGCCGUUCAACGGGUACGCGGUCCGGUUCAGCCCCUUCUACGAGGGGCGGCUCCUGGUGGCGACGUCCCAGAACUUCGGCAUCCUGGGCAACGGCCGCCUCCACGUGCUGGAGAUCGACCCCGCCUCCGGCGCCCUCGCGGAGCUACGCUCCUUCGAGACCGCCGACGGCAUCUACGACUGCGCCUGGUCCGAGUCCCAUGACAGCCUGGCCGUGGCCGCCGUCGCCGACGGCUCCGUCAAGCUCUGGGAUGCCUCCCUCCCCCCCGCCGCCAACCCCGUCCGCUCCCUCCACGAGCACUCCCGCGAGGUCCACUCCGUCGACUGGAACCCCGUCCGCCGCGACUCCUUCCUCUCCGCCUCCUGGGACGACUCCGUCAAGCUCUGGACCCUCGACCGCCAGUCCAGCGUCCGCACCUUCCGCGAGCACUCCUACUGCGUCUACGCCGUCGCCUGGAGCCCCCGCCACGCCGACGUCUUCGCCUCCGCAUCCGGCGAUCGGACCGCCCGCGUCUGGGACGUCCGCGACCCCCGAUCCACCCUCGUCCUCCCCGCCCACGACCACGAGAUCCUCUCCUGCGACUGGAACAAGUACGACGAGUGCUCCCUCGCCACCGCCUCCGUCGACAAGUCCGUCCGCGUCUGGGACGUCCGCGCCCCUCGCGCCCCAAUCGCCAACCUCGCCGGCCACGGCUACGCCGUCCGGAAGGUCAAGUUCUCCCCCCACCGAGAGAACAUCCUCUUGUCCUGCUCCUAUGACAUGACUGUGUGCAUGUGGGACUACCGGGCGGAGGAUGCCCUGAUCGCGAGAUACGACCACCACACCGAAUUCGUGGUCGGGGUGGACAUGAGCGUGCUGGUUGAAGGAUUGCUUGCUAGCACCGGGUGGGACGAGCUGGUCUACGUCUGGCAACACGGGACCGACCCCAGAGCGAUGCCUUGAAAAAGAUGAUUUCUGUCCAGUUAACUCAAUGAUGAUGAUGAUGAUGGUAUUUGAGAAAGAGGGAGAACUGAAAUGAUGGGAAUUCCGGUUUGGUGAACAAUUUUUAUUCAGAGUAGCAAAGGAAAGAAGAAAAUUUGGUCUCGGGAAGGAGCUUCUGCGGUUCUGUAGGGGUAUGCUGUUCUUGUUAUAUGAUGCUAUCUGAAAAAUAAUGGCUUAGGCUUGCAUCUUUCUCUUCCUUUUUCAUAAACCCAGAAAAAUGAACUUUUGAUUGAUUUUUCCAGCUGUAAUACUAUAUUGUGAUGGGGAUCCUGUUUCUUGCUCUUUGCUAGUCAAUUCUUCGGAUGGUAAAUUGAUUUAUCUGUAUUUAGUCAGUUUAUAACAUAUAUUCUAUAUGUGUCUUUGGAUUCGAGGUUUUUGAUUUGCA